AUGACUACGGAGCCCACCCUUCCCAUCCCGAUCUCGUAUAUCGCGGGUAACUACUAUCUUUUCUCUAUUGAUGCCGUCACGUAUUUGAGACGGGAGCAUCACAUCUGUGGUGUCCUGAUUGGCACUCUGCCGCAAAUCCCACAACAAAAUGUCUUUCUGGGAUUGCCGCUGGAGCUGAUGCCGGAGGAGGCGAGGCUGCUGGUGGAGAAAGGUGUAGCUUGCAUUGUAGACGAGGUAAAAGUUCAGAACCAAGGCAUGAAAGCCCUCAUGGAGGAAGAUCGCAAGAAGUAUCUCCGUGAGCUAGAAUCCCAAGGCCUUCAAGCUAUGCGGCUGCAAGCCAGCCGGAAGGAGCAACAGAGAGAGAAAACAUUAAAAAAACUAGAAGAAAAGAAAGCCAAAGCUGCCAAAUCAAAGAAAUCCUCUGAGGAUCCUGAACAAGCACCUGCUGUCGCUGAUGCGCCUAAGGAUGACCCAUUGGUGGACCUCUUCGCAGACAGCCAACCGUCAAGCCAUAGUCAAACCACUUCUCGACGUACCUCCACGACUGUCGCCCCCGAGAAUGCCAUGGGCAUCACGCCCGCAACGGCCCGUCCGCCUCUCCCAGCUGAGCCCUCUUCUGAGCAGCUGCUGCCGAUGCCUCAGGUCCCUUCGUCUUAUCCUUUGUUCGCUCAUCUUCAUGCCGAGGGUUACUUCCUGUCCCCGGGUCUUCGAUUUGGCUGCCAGUACCUUGCCUACCCGGGGGAUCCCUUGCGAUUCCACUCUCAUUUCUUGGUUGUCUCUGCCGAGUGGGACGAAGAGCUCGACUUGAUGGACAUUAUCGCUGGAGGUCGAUUGGGUACUGGCGUGAAGAAGGGGUUCAUGAUUGGAGGUGCUGAAAAGAAGGAUAAUACUGCCGAUGAAGAGAGUGUGAGGACUUUCAGCAUCGAAUGGGCAGGAAUGUGA